CUGAACCUGAGAUUAUGAAGUUUUAUGUAAGGAAGUGGUGCAAGAUUUCAUCAGAUGGUGGCAUACGUUCCAUUAUUGAUUGGUCCUAUUACAAGCAGCGUCUGAGUUCAGCUAUCCAGAAAACAAUUACCAUUCCGGCUGCAAUGCAGAAGGUGGCCAAUCCUGUCCCAAGGGUAAUUCAUCCCGACUGGCUCCAUAAGAAGGUUCGUGAGAAGGACGACAAAUAUCGCCAGAGGAAAUUGGUUGAUAUCUUUGGUUCCCUGAGUAAAAAUAAUGGUUUAAAAGGAAGUAGUGAUGUUAUCAGUAACAAACAGGGAGUUGAUGAACAAAAUGCUGCAGAUCUGGAGGAUUUUGGGAAAAUUAGUAGGACUUUUCGAGUUGGACCUAGACCUGUUGUUCAUUGUUUUGAUGCCAAUGAAGUGCAGCAAUUAUCUAAAACAAGCUCUGAAUUGGAUUGUCCCCCACAACAAAGUAUUCGUGAUGGAGGCACUCCAAAACUAUGGACAUCUCCACAAGAAGCUGCUAUUUCUAAGGAAAGUAUUGACAGGAAUGUAGAUUAUAGAGGAUGGCUAGAAUUAAAGAAAAGAAAAUGGAGGGAGACACGGGAGAAAAGGAAGCGCCAGAGGUUGGACGCUGCAAGGAAAUCUAAUAAACAGAAUGGUAUUGAUGUACUUCCCGGUUUCAUGUUCAAAUAUGGAAAAGCUAAAAGCCGAGUUGGGGUUAAUUCUUAUUUUGAGAAUCAUCAGAUGGCACUCACCCGCAGCCAUUGGCAGAUAAUCCAGCUCAUACCAAGUCCACAGCAUGGACAUUUUUUUGCCUGGGUAGUGAUAGAAGGAGUCAUGCGUAAGAUUCCUAUUACUGUUCCUAGGGUAUUUUUCCUCAACUCUAAAGAUCCAGUAACAGAAGAAUUUCCUGGAAGGCGUGUGAAUAAAGUUCUACCACAUGGGCAUACUAGCUACAAUUUAAUCGAGGUCAUAAUUGAAGAAGAACAGUUCAAGGAAGAAAGCAAGAAGCUUGCAGCUCACCUUGCAGAUCCUGAAGUGGAGGGAAUAUAUGAAACAAAUGUGCCUUUGGAGUUUAACGCUAUCCUUCAGCUUGGCUGUGUCUGUAAAGUAGAUAAGAAAGCCAAAAGGCGAAAUGGUCAAGAUAGCUGGAGUAUGAGUGAACUGCACAUGAAAACAACAACUGAGUGCUCAUAUCUAGAACAAUCACUGUCUUUCUUCUACUUGUAUCACAGUAUUUCUGAGGCAAGAGCAAUAUACGUUGGGUAUUUUCCUGCAUCUAGAUUAAUAUCAGUACUGGUGGUUAAUCCCUUUCAGAACAAAGAACUAUCACCUCAAAUUCUUGAAAAACUAUUUCGAGAAGCUUGCCAGGCAUUAUCUUUUCAACACCCUAACUCAGCAGAAAGAAUGAGUUUCAAGGUAGAGUAUGUUGGACAUGUCAAGGAUGCUGAGAAGAACAUGCAAAGAAUGAUAAAUGACUACAGAGAUCGACAUCCUGGGCCUGUAAUUGCUGUGAUUGAGUGCCCAAAUUCUGAUUUGCUGAAGUCUAAUAUACAAGCAUUAGAUGAUUUUCCUUGUGUGAACAUUCCUUCCAAUGCUCGUGAUAGUCAAUAUCAGGCUCUUGGGUGGCAAAUUGUUGCUGCAAAAAUUGGGAUGCAUCGAUGUGCAGCAUCUUCUCAGUGGUUGAAAGAGAGAAUCACUCUUUCACGUUAUGCUCAUGUACCACUUGGAAACUUGGAAGUGGAUUGGCUCCUACAUACAGCAGAUAUCUUCUUCUCAAGAGCUUUACGUGAUCAGCAACAGGUUCUUUGGAUAUCUGAUAACGGCAUCCCAGACCUUGGAGGCGUGAAUGAAGAAAUGUCAAGCUUCAUUGAUGAAGUGAAUCAACCAAUUCUCAACUACCCUGGCGCGUAUAGGAAAGUUUCUGUGGAGCUUAAGAUUCAUCACCUGGCUGUUAAUGCUCUUCUGAAGAGCAACCAAAUAAAUGAAAUAGAAGGAGGUACUCUGUUUGGACUGGACCAAGACCUGAAUCCUGCUACUAAAUUUCCAGAUGAGCAAUAUUGCUUUGAUGAGGUGACUUCAUGUGCACCUGCAUUUCGUGUCCUCAAACAGUUGAUUCAAAGAUGUCUGGCAGAUGCAGUUACAUCUGGAAAUGUAUUUGCUGAUGCAAUGCUGCAACAUUUAUACAGAUGGCUUUGCAGCCCAAAGUCUAAACUACAUGACCCAGCUAUCUAUCGCAUGCUACAUAAGGUUAUGCAAAAGGUUUUUGCAUUACUAGUGGCUGAGUUUCGCAAACUGGGUGCAACAAUUGUGUUUGCUAGUUUCUCCAAAGUCAUUAUUGAUACAGGAAAGUUUGAUCUAUUAGCAGCAAAAGCUUAUUGUGAUAGUUUGCUCAAGACUCUGCAGACUAGAGACUUAUUUGAGUGGAUAGAGUUUGAGCCUUUGCAGUUCUGGCACUCCUUCCUUUUCAUGGAUCAGUACAAUUAUGGCGGAAUUCAAGCUAGUUUUCAAGAUGAGUCGUCUAAUGACAAAGCAAGACCAAGUGAUGUUAGCAUACAAAAGGAAUCUGAGGUGGAGAUUGUGUCAAGUUGGAAUAUUGCUGAAAACUUGCCGAAGUUGACUCAGGACCAUUUCAUCUUGAUUGUUUCUGAAUUUAUGUAUAUGCCAUGGAAAUUUGCACAAGAGCAAGCUGCUAAACGAGCAUGUCUGGCGGAUGGUGACUUGUGCACUCCAUCAAUCACAGCUGCUGCUGCUGAAACUUUUGACUUACAGAUGACAGAAGAUCUAAAGAACAAGAUUAGAUCUUACUUCACGGACAAGCUUCUAAAAAUUGUUUGUGAUCCCAGUCUUCUCAUGAAAAGAAAGUCUCACGAUCAACAGAACAUCAUGAAUACAAAUACACAACCUUUGGAGAGUUGCCAUCAGGGCGAUCCUGCAUUAGAGUUCAUUAAGUAUGUUUCCACAGUUUUGGCUCUUGACCAGAGUGUUCAGCAUGAGGUUCUGAUCAUGAGGAAGAAUCUGCUUAAAUUUGUCCGUGUGCGAGAAUUUGCACCAGAGGCUGAAUUUUACAAUCAAUCUCCAUCUUUCACUCUACCAAAUGUCAUUUGCAGCUAUUGCAACGAGUGCAGAGACUUAGAUUUAUGCCGUGACAGAGCUUUACUAGGUCAGGAAUGGCGUUGUGCCGUGCCUCAAUGUGGGCAACCUUAUGAUCGCGAGCUAAUGGAGAAUGCUCUUCUACAGAUCGUAAGGCAGAGAGAGCGACUCUACCAUCUGCAGGACUUGGUAUGCCUCAAGUGCAACCAGAUUAAAGCUGCACACUUAGCUGAGCAUUGCUCAUGUGCUGGGUCAUUUAGGUGCAAGGAAGAUGUCUCAGAGUUCCGUAACAAGAUGCAAGUUUUUCUAAACAUCGCACAGGAUCAGAAAUUUCAGCUACUUCAAGAGUGUACUUCCUGGAUCUUGGAAGUCAGUCAGUUUUGGUGAUGAGAUGUACCUUAUCCUGUGAAACAAACUUGGGAUGCAAAGCAACUGUCGAAUACGUGUGAAACCUGCGAGAUUUACAAGGAAAUUGCUGGUUUCUGGGACAUGCAAUCUUUCAUGCAACAGGAGCAGCGCCCAAGGAUGACAUGCUAUGGGGUGGCUUGGCUGUGGUAUCGGGUUUCCACCAAAAGUCAGAGACUGGGCGGCACCCAUGGCGUGCAGAGGUUUGCUCUGAAAUAAAUUAAAUUCCGUGCUCGGCUUACUUGGCUCCUACCAGUGUUAUUUAUGCACCUUUUGUAGCAUUGCAUUUUACAGCAGAUUAUUGCUGGUAAAGCCAAAUGCCCGGAAGUCAGAGAGACCAUUGAGAUGUGGGUAUUGAAGGGCCAGCCAGGGAUGGAGGAGAGGAAUCGAAUGUAAAUAAUUUCUCAGAUCUCCCAUGUAUAUGGAAGAAUUAAUAUACAUCCACCCAUAUGCUACAUAUACGCUUUUGAUUUGGCAACUCGAAUAAAGCAUCAAUUAAUGCAUCUCUCAACAAUGAACUGGAUACAAGAGUAAUAGCACCACUCAUUUGCUAAUAAAUUCCUCUCCCUAUGACUACCCUACAAA